GUCCUAUUCUGCCAGGUGCCUCCGCAGCUCCCACUUUUCUUAUUCCUGGGGUUUGUGUCAUUGGAUGGUAAGGAUAGCAGUGAACUUGGGUUGAGGGCUUGCUGUGUACCAGGCACAGUACUAAACACUUUUCCUGUGUUAAGUUAGUUAAUUCUCACAGCCCUUUGAGGUAGGUACUAUUUUUUUCCACAUUUUUAUUUAAAUUCUAGUUAGUUAACAUAUGGUGUGGUAUUGACUUCAGUGAUUCAUCGCUUCCAUGCACCACCCAGUGCUCAUCACAACAGGUGCCCUCCUUACUGCCUGUCCCCCGUCUAGCCCAUCCCCUGCCCACUGCCCUCCAGGGAGGUGCUAUUUUUAGGUCCUAUAUUAGAGAUGAGGAGACAGAUUUUAGAGAGGCUGAGCUCACAAAGACAAGAAUAGGUGGAACUGGGUUGAUGUUCCAUAGCCUCUGUGAUGAACUAGGAUCAUCUCUGGAUGGGCAGCUUGGGAACACUAGGCCCUCCUCUCCUUCCUCCCUGCAUAGCAGGGGUGAGGCAGAAGAAUGGACACAAGGAUCUGGUAUGAAGACUGUGGGAUGGACAGUGGUGCCCUUCUCCCCAUCCUUCUUGGCUUGAGGGGCGUAUGGUUUGCAUUGCUCGCCACCAGAGGGAGCAGAGGCAGGGCAGCCCAGUGGGUGAGGCCUUCCGUCGGCUGUCACUGCCAGGGUCUGGUGUCCAUUACUCCAGAGGAACAUUUAGGUUGAGACAACCUCCCUACCACACACCAAAAAGGGUCCUAGAUUGAGACCUUCCAUCUAAGUGCCCUCAGACUGGGAGACCCCAGAAGGACCCCCAGGCUGGGACUCUGAGGGGUUAUUUGGCUGAAGACAUUCCAGAGGGGAUCUCACAGGGGGCUUCCCCGCAGCGAGAGACUCUAGGAGGGUCCCCCAGACUGAGACUCCUCAGUGGGAUCCAAGUUUGAGGCACUCUUGGAGAAACCCUCAGAUUGAGCCCCUCAGGGGGUCCCCAGAUUGAGACCCUCUGAGGAACACAAGAUGAUGAGAUAACUCUUGGGAGGGCAUUUUCAUGGAGACACUUCUAGAAGUACAGGGGAGCCCUAGAAGGAGACACAGGGACGGGCUGGGAGGGGUGUGGGAGACAUGCUUCUGACCUCAGAGUUCAGGCUUUGGGCCCCACCCCAUCCUUGCCUUGACCCACACUAACUCACCUGCCCUUCUCCCUUCCCCCUCCCCAUCAGGUGAGGAGGUCCACUGGGGUCAUUCCAGGCUUCCUGGGAUGUCAUCCUGGGCACUGGAUUGGGGUGGGGGUGUUAGGGAAGGCAUGGGUUUCUGAGGGAGGGAGAAGUAGGCAGCCCAACCUGUUUGGAGAGGUUGUUAACUGCCAGGUAACCCAUCUGGGUCUCUCUCACUCAUGUGCUUGCUGGCUGAGGGGAGCUGAAGGGGAGUCGGGACAACACUCAGUCGGGCCCCCUCUACCAGGCUGCCCUUCUGUGGCUCCUUCCCCACCUCUCAGCCAUGGGGACUGCAGGUAUGAGUGUCACCAUCCAAAUUGGCCCUGUUGGGAGGAGUAUGAGUGCGUGUGUGUGAUAUGGCAAAGUACAGAGUGGUCCCUGGGGACCUCUCUCAAUUCACAUGUCCCUCAUUCCCUCUGGACCACAAGCCCUGCCUCGAUCAGCCUCUGAUUCUCCUCAAAGCCCCUCCACUUCCCUGCCCUACAAUUCCUCCAGGAUUUUCCUCCUGGGCUUCACCCUGCAGUGUUGCCAAGCCCCCACUCUUCCCUUCCCUUUCUCUUGCCUUGACUCUGCCUGCUGGUCUGGGGCCAGGGGCAAUCCAGACCCAGCCCUCCAUGGUCCCCUCCAGUGGCAGGGUGGGCGGGCUCUUGGAGCUCUGGCCAAUGGAGGGUGGGGCCCACACAGCUGGCUCACAGCCCAGACCACAGUAAUAGCAGGGGCGGCUUAGGGAGGAGGCCCAGCCCCCUGCCUUCCCUCCCUGCCCCCAGGUAUAAGAGCCGAGCUCAGGUGAGCCAACUCCUAGCAUCCUGUCCCAGCAGCUCCCAGCAGGCAGAUCAUGAGCCAUCGGCUCCCCUGCGGCCAGCUGUAGGACAACACAACUCUCACCAGGAUAAGCACACUGGGCGCCAUGGGACAGUGUCGGUCAGCCAAUGCUGAGGAUGCGCAGGAAUUCAGCGACGUGGAGAGGGCCAUUGAGACCCUCAUCAAGAACUUCCACCAGUACUCUGUGGAGGGUGGGAAGGAGACGCUGACCGCCUCCGAACUACAGGACCUGGUCACCCAGCAGCUGCCCCACCUCAUUCAGAGCAACUGUGGGCUGGAAGAGAAAAUUGCCAGCUUGGGCAGCUGUACCGAUUCUAAACUGGAGUUUGGGAGUUUCUGGGAGCUGAUUGGAGAAGCAGCCAGGAGUGUGAAGCUGGAGAGCCCUGUCCGGGGCAGCUGAGAACCUUUUCCUGGAAUUCUUGGGGGGGAUGUUGGGAUCUAGAAAUAAAAGUCCUCUCCACCUGCACCACACGAUUCCCCCGUCUGCACCUGCCUCACCUCUGCAAGGUUCAAGUCCUCAGUGACCCUUCCCAGGGCUCUCUGUGCACUUCAUCCCUGGGAGCGCCAUGGAGCUAACGGGUCCAGGAGUCCCCACCAGAGGGGGGCUCAGGGUGGGUGGGGGCCAGGGAUAGGUGUGGUGAGCUGCUGGAGGGAUAGGGAUGGUGAGAGGGCCAAGUAAUUCGGUUGGGGGGGUGGGAGGGCAGAGAGGAGGUGGGCUACCGGAAAUGACUGGAAGAAGGGGGCUGGGAAUGGGGCUGGGUAUUUGUUACUAAAAAGGGUCUCUGAGAACCUGCCCUUCCUAAUCUCUUCCCCAACCCACACAGUAGCUGUCUGUCCAGUGCUACACCUUCCUGCCUCCAGCUCUGCCCCAGCCUUGUCCCAGCACUCUGUCCCUGGCCCAGGGCAGGGGACGAGAAAGAGAGGUGGAGGAGGGUGUUACUUUGGGAGAGGACCAGCUGGGUGCUUGGGCAUUUAAAGAAUGACGGUUGUUUUGUAUCAUUUGAUUAAUAAAAAAAUGGAAAAAGAAAAAAUGUUGUCUUGACUGGACACCCACCCCCCACCUCGGUCCACGGGUGGUUUGGGGUGAAUGGCAGAGUCCUUGGUGGCCCGGGACACGUG